AUGAGUGGCAACAUUAAGGACCUUAUCAAGCAGGAGAAGGAAAGAAGGAAGUUACUCAGGGAGGAAAGGAAAAAAGCGGAAAAGGUGAAGCAACCAGGAGGGGGGGAAGACUACCCGAUUGGGAAAGACACACCGGGGAACUAUUACACAAAGAGUGCACAACAGGACAGGCUCUUUUUAAAAAUUCAAAAUAACUCCGAAUAUGGUAGCGUUACGCAAAAUUAUAACAAUGUGGAAGAACAAUUGUGUGAGGCUGGUCAGGGGAGAAGAACAUCCGGUUCCAUGGCGAGCAAUGAACAUAUGACUACGCAAAAAAAUAGUGACAAUAAAAUCCAUAAAAGGGUGCUCUUCACCGAACCGAGUGCACCAGUAAACAGGCUAAAUAAAAACAACAAUUUUAAGGAUGCGUUUCUGGACUAUAGCAAUGAAGAGCAAAGUGAUUAUUCAGAAGGAGCUUCCAAAGAUAAGGAGGACGAAAAGCAUGCUGAGGUCGACUUGCCUGCAGAUUUUUUCGAUUCCUUUGUAACUUUCAAUCGUAGUAACAGUAAGAAGAAUGACCAGAGAGGUACCACUCCUAUGGAAAGAACCCCUGGUGGGAAGAGAGGAGCAGAUCAAAGUGAUCCCCCUUCCGAAGAGGAAGAAGUUAAUGGGGCACCUCUAAACUAUGGCUUAAGUGAAGGAAAGGACAUAUCAAGCGGCAGGUCUGCAUCAUCGCAGGAGAUGGGCGAAGGAACCGAUUCCAUAGAGCAGCGAAGUGGAAACAAAUUUGAUUUAAAGAACGAACCAAACGUUGAAGUGAUCGAAACGUAUGAAAUUAUGGAGGACACACUUGGAAGUGCAGAACUGGUAGAAAAUGAAAAUUUCCACAGGCAAAUAAAAAAAAAAAGGAAGUUACUACAAGAGGGAGAAUACCAUUUGGAUGCAGAAGAAAAUGAUGAAAAGGGUAAAUUCGAAAGAGGGGAAAGAACUCACAGAAGGGACAUGUCUAGAGGUAAAGAAGAUCAAACCGAUGGAGAGGGAGAACAAGAAGGAAACCCCAUUAUGAAUCUGUUCACUACUAAUAUGGAAGAUUUGACAAACUACAAACUGCUGGACACGGCUUACUACGAAGAGUUGGAUUACUUACACAAAAUGCUGGUGGAGAAGAAAAAAUACAUUUUAGGAGAUACUUAUGAUGAGGAGAAAGAAGAAAAUGAAGAGAGGGAAGUAGAGCUACUUGAAGAAUUGAAUCAAUUUCGAAAAAAAAAAAAAAAAAAUGGAAAAGGGAAGAGGCGAUGA